GGCCCCGAGAUGACGUUACAACAGUUUGGAGGAAUUUAAACAUUUUAGGGAAAUAACAUCUUCAAGGUCUACCAGAUCGCAGAAGGCAUCUCAGAUUCGUUCGUUUACAAAACAGAUGGUUUGCUCAAGCUAUUCAUAGCCUAAAAAGGCGAUAUCGGGUGCCACCAGAUAAUAAUUCGAGAAUCCAACUUCGAAUUUUCCUCAGUACUGCUCAGUACAGAAUUUUACUUCAGAGGGGCGACACGCGUGUUCCAAAUGUCGUCAUAACCUCACAAUCGUCGGCCUCGAGGAAUAGCAAAGUACCUAAUUAAUAAUAAUAUUUUUUUUUGCGAAGAACAAUGGCAUUUAUGAUGAACAGAGUGGGCGGGAUUAUUUUACGAAUUGGAACGAGAUGCCGUGAUACUCGGACAUAUUUAAAACUUACAAAAGUUUGCACAGUUAGUUUUUCAAUUAAAGCAGAUGUACCAGAGGUCGUGGAUGAAGUUAAGACGCUGAAGCCACCACUUGGAGAUGGGAAAGUGUUUAAAUCGCUGGAGGAAGUUGUAUCAGACAUUCCAGAUGGUGCAAGACUGUUGGUCGGUGGAUUCGGUCUUUGUGGUAUUCCUGAGAAUCUAAUAGAAGCUUUGCUUAAAAAAGGAACGAAAGAUUUAACAGUUGUUUCAAAUAAUGCUGGAGUCGAUGAUUUUGGACUAGGGAGGUUGUUGAAGGCACACCGAGUAAAGAGAAUGAUUUCGUCAUAUGUUGGAGAAAAUGCAGAAUUUGAGAAACAAUAUUUAAGUGGUCAAUUGGAGGUUGAACUGACGCCACAGGGGACAUUGGCAGAACGAUUAAGGGCAGGCGGAGCUGGAAUACCUGCAUUUUAUACAGCCUCUGGAUGCGGAACAAUCAUACAAGAAGGAAACGUGGUGAUAAAGUAUGAUGAAGCUGGUAACCCUGCUAUAUCUGGAGAGUCGAGAGAAGUAAACGAUUUUGAAGGACGUCAGUACAUACUGGAAACAGCCAUCACUGGACAUUUUGCUCUAGUUAAAGCAUGGAAGGCUGAUAAAGCAGGCAAUUUAAUUUUUAGAAAAUCAUCAAGGAAUUUUAAUCCAGUAAUGUGUAAGGCUGCAAAAGUAGCUAUAGCAGAAGUUGAAGAAAUCGUUGAAAUUGGACAGUUAGAUCCUGACCACGUACAUUUACCUGGGAUUUAUGUAGAUAGAAUAAUCCAAGGACCUAGUUAUGAAAAACGUAUCGAGAGAAGAACAACCAAACAAACUGUAAAGCCAAAGAAGAAGACACCUGCCAGCAAGGCAAGAGAAAGGAUUAUCAGAAGAGCAGCUCUUGAAUUUAAGGAUGGAAUGUAUGCAAAUCUGGGAAUUGGCAUUCCCAUGUUGGCCAGUAACUAUAUACCAAAAGGUAUCAAAGUAACCCUGCAGUCAGAAAACGGAAUUUUGGGUUUAGGACCGUUCCCAGAUGAAGACGAUGUUGAUCCAGAUUUAAUAAAUGCUGGGAAAGAGACCGUUACUGUUUUACCAGGUGCUUCUUAUUUUGACAGCAGUGAGAGCUUUGCCAUGAUCAGAGGUGGCCAUAUCAAUUUGACAAUUCUUGGUGGCAUGCAAGUGUCACAAAAAGGGGAUUUGGCAAAUUGGAUGAUCCCAGGAAGUAUGGUUAAAGGUAUGGGUGGUGCAAUGGAUUUGGUUGGUGCUGCUAAAACCAAAGUUGUGGUUACCAUGGAACAUAAGGCACGUGAUGGAAGUCCAAAAAUUCUUCAGAAUUGUACAUUACCUAUAACUGGUCAACAAUGCGUCGAUUUAAUCAUCACAGAUUUGGCAGUUUUUGAGAUCAUUAAAGGUCAAGGCAUCAAACUUAUCGAAAUAGCUGCUAAUGUCGACAUAAGUGAAAUUAUCAGUUCUACAGGCUGCGAAUUCUCUGUAGCUGAUAACCUUAAGGAAAUGGGUCAGGUGGCUGUGGAUGAAGAAAGCUAAAUUACCUGCUUCAGGUAUACUGACACUUCGUUCGAUGUAUUACAAUGUAUGGUUACAUCUAAAAUUUACAUGUUGUUUCCAAAAAAGGGUAUCAGGAAUUCGAUUUCGAGGCAAACAAAUUUGGCAUGCUGCCAAAUGCUGGUAUCAAAAAGAGCACAAUCCUAUAAAAUAUCUAAAUCUAUUACGUUAUUGCAGGUAUCGGACACAAUUGUACCACGUAAGAUCUAACUUUUUAAAUAAAUGUAAAUUACUUUUACAAA